UGUAUGAUUGAUUAACUCACUGCAAACAACAUACAUACAGUACCGAACCCAUGGCUUACUACUCAUCCACCCGUUCUUCUCCCACUACUUCUCCGACUCCAUUCAUGUCGUUUUUCUAUCUUUGCCUUAUCAUCUUAUUCCUCAGUACUUCCUCUGCGUUUGGUAGUGGAUUAGGGGUCUCUUCCUCUCGGUCGUCAUCAAGUGAAACAGAGGCUCUACUCAAAUGGAAAGCCACUCUCCAAAACUACUCUGUCCCUGCUCUCCGUUCUUGGAAGCUUACAUCAUCAUCCUCAGCACCAAUCCCCUGCUGCAACUGGUUUGGUAUAACUUGUAACAAAGCCCGAACCAGCGUGGUUGAGAUUAGCCUUCCAGGACUGGAGCUGCAAGGUACGCUUCACAACUUCACCUUCUCUUCCUUUCCCAAUCUCCUCCUUCUCAAUCUCAGCCUCAAUGGACUCACAGGACCCAUACCAGAUCAAAUUGGUAGACUCUCCAAACUGAUCACCCACCUCGAUCUCAGUGGCAAUGAACUCAGUGGUCCAAUACCUAACGCAUUGGGAAAUCUGGUAAAUUUGGUUGGGUUGGAACUAGGAACAAACAAGCUCAUUGGUUCAAUCCCUCAUUCUCUGUCUAAUUUAACUAGACUAGAGACCCUCUAUUUUGAUUCUAAUCAAUUAUCUGGUCUGGUGCCUUUAGAAAUUGGAUAUAUGAAAAAUCUGGUUCAGUUGGCACUAUAUCAAAACAACCUCAUUGGUCCAAUCCCUCAUUCUCUGUCUAAUUUAACUAGACUAGAGACCCUCUAUUUGCAUGGCAAUCAAUUAUCUGGUCCAAUGCCUUCUGAAAUUGGAGAUAUGAAAAAUCUGGUUGUCUUGGCAUUACAACAAAACAACCUCAGUGGUCCAAUCCCUUAUUCUCUGGCUAAUUUAACUAGACUGAAGAGCCACCAUUUGUACGACAAUCAAUUAUCUGGUCAUGUGCCUUCUGAAAUCGGAGAAAUGAAAAAUCUAGUUGACUUGGAUCUAUCUUUUAACAAACUCAGAGGUCCUAUCCCUCAUUCUCUGGCUAAUUUAAGUAGACUAGAGAUCCUUUAUUUGAACGACAAUCAAUUAUCUGGUCCUGUGCCUUCUGAAAUCGGAGAUAUGAAAAAUCUGGUUGACUUGGAGAUAUCUCAAAACAAUCUCAGUGGUCCAAUCCCUCAUUCUCUGUCUAAUUUAACUAGACUAGAGACCCUCUAUUUUGCUUCUAAUCAAUUAUCUGGUCUGGUGCCUUUAGAAAUUGGAUAUAUGAAAAAUCUGGUUCAGUUGGCACUAUAUCAAAAGAACCUCAUUGGUCCAAUCCCUCAUUCUCUGUCUAAUUUAACUAGACUAGAGACCCUCUAUUUGCAUGGCAAUCAAUUAUCUGGUCCAAUGCCUUCUGAAAUUGGAGAUAUGAAAAAUCUGGUUGUCUUGGCAUUACAACAAAACAACCUCAGUGGUCCAAUCCCUUAUUCUCGGGCUAAUUUAACUAGACUGAAGAGCCUCCAUUUGUACGACAAUCAAUUAUCUGGUCCUGUGCCUUCUGAAAUCGGAGAAAUGAAAAAUCUAGUUGACUUGGAUCUAUCUUUUAACAAACUCAGAGGUCCUAUCCCUCAUUCUCUGGCUAAUUUAAAUAGACUAGAGAUCCUUUAUUUGAACGACAAUCAAUUAUCUGGUCCUGUGCCUUCUGAAAUCGGAGAUAUGAAAAAUCUGGUUGACUUGGAGAUAUCUCAAAACAACCUCAGUGGUCCAAUCCCUCAUUCUCUGUCUAAUUUAACUAGACUAGAGACCCUCUAUUUUGCUUCUAAUCAAUUAUCUGGUCUGGUGCCUUUAGAAAUUGGAUAUAUGAAAAAUCUGGUUCAAUUGGCACUAUAUCAAAAGAACCUCAUUGGUCCAAUCCCUCAUUCUCUGUCUAAUUUAAUUAGACUAGAGACCCUCUAUUUGCAUGGCAAUCAAUUAUCUGGUCCAAUGCCUUCUGAAAUUGGAGAUAUGAAAAAUCUGGUUGUCUUGGCAUUACAACAAAACAACCUCAGUGGUCCUAUCCCUUAUUCUCUGGCUAAUUUAACUAGACUGAAGAGCCUCCAUUUGUACGACAAUCAAUUAUCUGGUCCUGUGCCUUCGGAAAUCGGAGAUAUGAAAAAUCUGGUUGACUUGGAGCUAUCUUUCAACAACCUCAAUGGUCCAAUCCCUCAUUCUCUGUCUAAUUUAACUAGACUAGAGUUCCUCCAUUUGAGUUCGAAUCAAUUAUCUGGUGCAAUACCUCAAGACUUUGGUAGCCAAGCAUCUAUUGUAAACUUCGACUUGGAUGAUAACCUCUUAUCUGGAAGCUCACCUCAACAAAUAUGCCAAGGACGAUCACUUCAAAGAUUAACGGUUUCUAACAAUAAUCUCAUGGGUCCUAUUCCUGACUUUAGAAAUUGCACAAGUUUAAUGAGAGUUCGACUCGACAACAACCGAUUUGUAGGAAAUAUAACUGACAGUUUUGGUGUACAUCCACAUCUUUAUUACAUUGAUAUGAGUCACAACAGACUAUAUGGAGAGUUGUCACCAAAUUGGGGAAAAUGUAAGAAUUUGACAUUUCUGAAGAUUUCUGGAAACAAUAUUAGUGGAAAGAUACCACACGAAAUUGGUCAGUUAACACGACUUGGACUACUUGACCUUUCUUUCAACAAGCUUAUUGGUGAGAUACCAAUGGAAUUGGGUAGUUUAUCCACUUUGUUACACUUGAAUUUAAGUGGCAACCAUAUUUCAGGGCAUGUACCAGUUGAAAUUGGUAAAUUAAUCAAUUUGGAGCUUCUUGACCUCUCGGCAAACAUGUUAAUUGGAUCAAUCUCGGUUCAGCUUGGUCAAUGCUCCAAAUUGCUGUCAUUAAAUUUGAGCUGGAAUUCAUUGAAUGGAAGCAUUCCAUCUCAAAUUGGUGAUCUAGUAUCCUUACAAAUUCAGUUGGACCUUAGUCAUAACUCAAUUAGUGGAUCGAUACCACCUGAGCUUGCAAAGUUGAUGAUGCUGGAAAUUUUGAACUUAUCCCAUAAUAUGAUCACAGGCUCAAUACCUUUUUCUCUUGAAAAUAUGGUUAGCUUAGUAUCUCUUGAUCUAUCCUACAAUGAGUUAGAGGGUGUUGUUCCCAACACUAGGGUUUUUAGAAAUGCUUCUUCACCUCAAGCAUUUAGAAACAAUAAGGGGUUAUGUGGUGAACUUCAAGGUCUACUUCCUUGCAAUCCAUCUCUUACAAGCAAAGGAUUGAAAAAAAAUGGACAUAAAGUCGUCCUAUCCAUCGUUGCUUCUUUGAUAGGACUUUUGUUCCUAAUAUUUGCAAUUAUUGGUGUUUUCUUCCUCUUGCGAAAAAAAGUGAAAAAAGGGAAUAUAGAACAGGCAAGAAGAAACCAUGGAAAUGUAUUUUCAAUAUCGAAUUUUGAUGGAAAGAUUGCUUAUGAGGACAUUAUUCAAUCAACAGAGGAUUUUGAUGCCAAAUAUUGCAUUGGAAUUGGAACUUAUGGGAGUGUUUACAAAGCAGUGCUACCUACUGGCCAUGUAGUCGCCUUGAAGAAGUUCCAUCCGUUGGAAGGUGAGAUGAUAGUUGAUGAUGAAAGCUUUGGGAAUGAGAUUCGUCUGUUAACAGAAAAAAGGCAUCGAAACAUAGUCAAACUUUAUGGAUUCUGCUCUCAUCCACGAUGCAUGUUUCUUGUUUAUGAGUAUAUGGAAAAAGGAAGCAUAGCACGUAUCUUAAGCAAUCAAGCAGAGGCUAUUGAGUUUGAUUGGCAGAAAAGAGUAAAUGCCAUCAAAAGUGUGGCCAAUGCUUUGUCUUACUUGCAUCAUGAUUGCAUUCCCCCAAUAAUUCAUCGGGAUAUUUCAAGCAAAAAUAUAUUACUAGACUUGGACCUUGAGGCUCAUGUAUCUGAUUUUGGCAUUGCAAGAUUAUUAAAGCCAAACUCAUCUAAUUGGACGUCACUUAAAGGAACUCAUGGAUAUAUUGCUCCAGAGCUUGCAUACACCAUGGCUUUAACUGAGAAGUGUGAUGUAUAUAGUUUCGGAGUAGUGGCAUUAGAAACAAUUAUGGGAAAGCAUCCAAGGGAGCUCAUCUCAUCCUUAACAUCAUUAGUUGGCCAAAAGAUUCUACUAAGGGACAUGUUAGACCCAUGCCUCACCUUUCCAUCAGACCAAAAUGUUGCAAAGGAUGUGGUUUCUAUUGUGAGAAUAGCACUUGCAUGUUUACGCAAUCACCCACAAUCCCGCCCAAAUAUGCAUCAAGUAUCAAAAAAGCUACUUUUUCUCCAACCAUCAUUUGUGGAGAAUUUUCAUACAAUUACUGUAGGUGACCUAAAUGCUAUUGAAAUACAAUAAUUAUGAUCGACGACUCAUUUGACCAACAGGGGACUGACGCGAUUCGUUUAAGACCACAAUCAAAAUUAAACAAUAAAUCUCAAGGUUAGCAUUUUGUUAAUUUCAUGGUUAUCAAUCCAUUUCAUUCCAAAACUAUAUCAUCCUUUUGGGCUUUUGAUAGGGAUGGCAUGGCUAAAGUCCUCACUGUGUAGACCAUAGAGCUGAUCUUUAUUUCUUUGGAGGUGAUUCUUUUCUGAAAACUUUUGUAAUUAUGAUUUAUCUAUUUUAAUACGUAUGCUUAGAAUUAUUAGUUAUAUGAUUUUAAUCUUAUUAAAUGAGGUUUUUCUUUUGUCAAUUUAAGUCAGUCUAAUCUUUUUCUUAUUUU